AUGUCUGGGGAGGAAGCGAGAACGUUUUAUGAAGUUGUUCUUUCUUCAUCCAAUUCUGAUGUAGGAAGCGUUUUAGCGACAAAGGAUAACAAAACGGAAAAGAAUAAGUCAAGGCAAAAGGGAAAUGGGUCAUUGGCAAAAUCAACCUACUCAAAACCAUCUGAAAAGGAUUUGAAAUCCAAAAAGAAUAGUGGUCACUCCAGAUCCAUACCUACUAAAUUUCGUUCUACUUCUGAUCACAGACUAGUAAACGAUUUCUUAAAAAAUUCUCAAGAGGGAAAUUUAAGACGAGUCCAAGAACUGCUCUCCAAUGAUAGCGUAGACAUAAAUGUAUGUGACCAAUUUUCAUGGACAGGAUUGAUGUGUGCAUCUCACAAUGGGCAGAUUCGCAUUGUUAAAUAUUUACUUGAGAGCGGAGCUUUGUGGAGAUCUUAUGAAGACUCACAAGGAAGAACAGCUUUCGACCUUGCAAAAAUCGCAGGACACCAUGACAUAGCAGAACUUCUCAGAUCUUACAGUGGUCAGCGUAAAUGCCAACGCAUAAAAUCCUCUUAUGAAGAGCAUUCUGCUAUCACAGCACAAACCAAAUUUUGGUGCUCUGUAUGCGAACAAGAGUUUACUGAUCUGAAGGGUACACAUGAAGGUUCAACUGUGCAUUUGUUCAAUAUACAACGCAAGCCUCAAAAAACAUUCUAUUAUAUUCCAGAAGGCAAUGUAGGGUAUCAAUUGAUGCUAAAGUCUGGCUGGAAUGAAGAUCGAGGUAAACUUAAUUCUCACGUUUUCUUUAAAUCCACAGUACUAGUUUCAUACUGAAUUAAGGGCAGGAAGUACUGUCAUUUCCCCUUCUAAACUGCCAGGAAAAUUGUUUAAGGCAAAACUCAUCAAGGAAAUUAUGCUAACAUAAACACAACUUAGAACACAUACCUGUGUUACUGUUACUGUGGCAACUUGACAAGCAGCAUUGCUCCAAGCAAGACGUUUUUGAAAGUUGCCAUUUGGCACACCACCACCGGAAAUUCAAAAUUUUUCACAAUUGCUUAUUAAAGGAAAAUGAUGAACAAUUUAUAUUAUUGCAUGCCAAUGGUAGCAGCUUCACUGCUGCACACAAAUUUUAAGAUUGGUGAUCAUUUCCUUUGUUCUUGUGACCCUUGAUGCUUGAUUCCAGGGUGAUCUUGUCAGGAGAAAUUAGAAGCUAAUCAUUCUCAGGGAUCAAAGGAUUAAAAUUAUGAAGAUUUUCUUUACUCUCUGACAACAAAAAGAGCUGUAGCAUGGAGAACUGUCCACGAGAAAUAGACACAGGUCUAGUCACUUCAUGCUACAGAAAUCAGUGAUAAGCAACAAUAGUUACAGCUCAAAAAGAUUUAAUCUUAUAGUCAAUUUUUGGAUCAAUAUCAGUAUCUGGGCAACUUCCCACCUACCCCUCCCCUAACCCAACAUUAACCCUACCUACCGACACUAAUCCUUACUUGUUAUCAAUAGACUGUUGUUGGGUUAGGGAGGGGUAGGUGGGCAGUUGCCCAGAUACUGAUAUUGAUCCCAAUUUUUUUAAAAAUUCUGUUCAUCACAGGUUUAGGCCCAGCUGGUGUUGGAAGAAAAUACCCAGUGAAAACAGUUCUCAAGAGAGAUCGAUUAGGAUUUGGUAAUAAGGGAUGUCAACCAGCAAGAGUGACACACUUUGGUCCACAUGAUCACAGUUCUGUGAAGAGGAGAAAAUCAAUCACCGAGAAGGAAAAGAACAGAGGAACAAUGAAAAAGACUUGUAGGAGGGAAAGGGUGGCUAAAGAGAAGAAGGAAAAGAAUUGGGAAAGAAAUAUGAGGAUAUACAUGAACACUGAAUAA